AUGUAUGAUGAGUCGUAUUUGGAUAUUAUUAUCGAAAAGUUUGAUUACACACAAAGUUUACGACUGGUCGAAGUGCGAAUACCAAAUUACGUGGUGAAGGGCUCGUCAGCACAAUUGGAAUGCCUUUACGAUCUGGAUGGCGAGGCGCUGUACUCCGUGAAGUGGUACAAGGACGGCAAUGAGUUCUAUCGAUACGUGCCACGAGACAUGCCACCGGCGCAAACAUUUCUGCUGCCCGGUGUAUCAGUGGAGCUCCAAAAUUCCAGUGAUGCCAUUGUUACAUUGCGCAAUGUCAACCUGCAGUCGGCGGGUCGUUUUCGUUGUGAAGUUUCCGGUGAAGCGCCAUCUUUUCAGACAGUCACUGAACAUGGCGAUAUGGUUGUGGUCUCUUUGCCUGAUCAAGGUCCGCCCAAAAUCACCGGCGGUCGCCCGCGUUAUCAAAUUGGCGACUGGGUACGAAUAAAUUGUACCGUUGGCCGUUCGAAACCUGCUGUCCAGCUCACAUGGUAUGUGAAUGGUGAUCCAGCUGAGCCGCGUGCUUUGCGAAAAUACGACACCAUCAUAUCCGGUCGGGAAAAUUUGGAAACGUCCGUUUUGGGUUUGCAAUUCCGAGUAGAGCAGCAUCAUUUCCGAAACGGCGAUAUGAAAUUAAAGUGUGUUGCCUCUCUGUCCACCUUGUAUUGGCGCAGCAACGAAGAGUCCGUCGAGGGCGAUCGCCCACAAAAAGCGCCCGUCUUAGAGUCGCGCGAAACCGUUUACGCCAGCAAUUCGCGCGCCGAUCCAGUGCAAGCCAGCAAAACGGAUUCACAUAUAGUGGCGCAUGCGCCCAGUUUAUUGUUGCUGGUGGUGGUGGCGUCGGUUGUAGCCAGCGGUUGUCUGGAACAGUUGCAUAUGUGGCAGAAAUUGUUCGUGUCCAAACAAUGGCUGCAUAACAAUUUCAAGCAACAGCAAGAACAACAAGAAAAACGAAGAAAAACCGUAGAACGCCAACAACAGCAGCAACAACAAAGUCUUCAGCAGCAGCAUCAACAACACCAACAGCAACAGCAGCAGGGAAAGACAGAGAGACAAUUGAUGCGGCGACAGCUUGAAAAGCGAAUUGUUUCAAGUGAAGGCCAGCACGUGAUCAGCUCAGGAUAUCAAUCGGUAAUGCAACUCUUUCCAAAACAACAACAACAAAAACAUCUGGUGCAACAACAACAACGAGAACAAAUAUGUCGACAGCAUUGGCAUGUUAAUGAAAACGAUGAAAGCGUGGAGCGGAAAUGCAAAGGAGCGCACGAAUUGAAAUUUGUUAAUUUAUGUGCGGAAAUGCAGCCAGCGUUGACAGCAAUGACAGCAUCCUCUUUAGCGACAUAUGCCAGCGUCGCCGAUGCUCACAGCAUCGCCGCCACAUCGGAAGCCGAUGUUAUCGCAGCUGUCGCAGCGGCGUUGCCAAUUAAACAAUUGCUGGCUGCAAGGUAACUACGCUGAGCAGAAGAGGAGGGAGUGUAAGCAGAUGACGAGGCGUCGCAGGCUACCACCACUUUGAGUUGCCUUUGCCUUGCUGCGUGGCUAUUGAGGCAUGCAAUGAGCUAUUGGCGAAAUGCAAAAUGCGAAAGGCAAAAAUAAGAAGAAAAAAAAGAAAAAAAAAACUAAAACUUAAUAAUUUUAAUUUGAAGAAAUUCGAGGGAAAGCAUUUCAUUCGAUUGCAAAUGUUGGAGAGAAUGCUUCGAUUUAAAAAAUUUAUAUGCACGCAUACAUAUGUACAUAAAGGUACUGAUUAAAAUUACUGCAGCUACUGGAAAGAGUGGGUGUGGAAACCCAAAUUUUACGUAAAUCAAAAGCAGCAAAAAUUAAAGUCUUUCAUUCAAGUGAAUUGUUUGUAACAAAAAUUUUAUAAAAAAGUAAAUAUGUAAAAUAAUUUCAAUAUGAAAUCAAUUCAAAUCAAAAGUGCAUGUCUGUAUGUAUUGUUUGUGCGCAUGAGUCUGUAUAUGGGUGCCUGGCUGUUGUGCGUGAGUGUUCGUAUGCAUGCAGAGUCCGUUGAAUUGCAGCAGCUAAAACAGCGAAUAUACUUACCUACUAAUCAAAUAUCUAAUAAAUGUAAGUGUAAAUAAAUUAAAUGCAAUUACUGAAUUUUUAAUAUGUUCAAAAGCUAAAUGUAUGGAAACUUCUCAGUAAAGAAGGCAGCAUACAAAGUUAGGUUUAGUUCAAUUGAAAUAGUCCUAGAAUUAGACUCAGUGGCUAGUCUAACAAAAAUAUAAACAAAAAAUAAAAUAAAAAACUAGAAAUACACACUCAGUGGCUACAGUUAAGUGUAAUUAGCUAGCAAAAAUUAAAACAACACAAAAAAUAUAUACACAUCUAUAUAUAAGUAACGGCUAUAUUUGUUUCAACAGCGUUAAAGUACAAUGGGAUGGAAUUUGAAUUGAAGAAAUUUUUGAAACCCAAAAUUUAUUCGCAAAUAGUUUUUAUUUAUAGUUUUGAGUAUCAUUGAAGAAGAAAUUGAGUUGGUAUAACAUCUCCUCUGCGAUUACCCUGCACUUCAAAGAAGCCGUGCCAAAUAUUUUGGGCGAUUAUUUGAUCGAAGACCGGGGAAAUUUGCAAAGUCUCUCACUGGGGAGGCUAGUUGGGAGAUGGAAAUCAAGUGCAGGUAUCGCAAUAGACCGAGUGCCUUGUCUUAGACAAGCAACCUGGCUAACCUUACCUAACCUUUAAGUGCGUCAUUACUUUGAUUCUUAUUUUGCAUAAAUAUCAGCACGAUUUGAUAAGUGCUUAAAAACGUAAAUAAAAGAGCGCUUUUCAACAAAAAAAUUCAUAUUAUUUUUAAACACCACCUCGUCCUUUUAACUUGAUAUAGAGCCCUUCAUUGGGGCUUUUACUAAUUUUGAAUUUUUGUUGCUCUCUUUAGCAUACGAUUUCCCGAGGCACUCAAACUAGGUAUUCGACGAACUACACUGCGUUAAAUAACCGUAUCACAGCAAAAAUAUUGACAGGUCUUGACAAUUUCUUUAUUUCUUAGGAAGUUCUAGUAUUUUUCUUUCGGAAAAUGUAGUUCUUAUUCCCACAAAAACCAUGUAAAUCGAAAUUUUAAACUUUGCUUUACCAGGUAUAUACCUAUUAAGUGAGACUUUCAGCUAUUAGUCCAUAGAUGUCGCUAGGAGUAUUUUUAAACCUUCCCACAUGUCUUGUUUUUUCGUCUGUCAUCUGUAAACAAUAUUUAAUUAAUUGUUUGUUACAUUACAUACAGCAAUGCAUUUUUGUCGUUCUGAAAAAUGUCGAAUUUCAUGCCUUCAAACUACGAUUUGCGGACAUCGAAAAACCACUUGUGAAAUGCUGCUCUCCCGGUUCAAAAGGAAGUUUUUUUUGCAUCGAACCGUUGCAAGUGAUGAAAAAUGUGUGUAUUACUUCAAUCCCAAGCGUAAACGAUUGUAUGGUCCGCCCGGCCACAAGCCAAAAACAACGGCCAAACCAAAUCGCUUCGGCCGCAAGGCAAUGCUGUGUGUUUUCUGGGAUCAGCGUGGUAUGAUUUGGUACGAGCAGUUAAAACCAGGUGAAACAGUUGACGGUGCACGCUACCAACGACAAUUGGCCGGUUUGAACAGCGCUAUACACCGAAAACGCCCAGAAUGUGCCGAUCAGCGUCUCAAAGUAAUUUUUUUUUAUGACAAUGGGCGCCUUCUGAUUAUCAUUUGUUUGCAUCGAUGGGCCACACACUUUCCGAGCAGCGCUUCAAUUCUCACGAAGAAGCCAAAAAAUGGCUCGAUGAUUGGUUUGCGGCCAAAGACGGCCAAUUUUUUUGGCGUGGCAUCCACACAUUGCCUGAGAGGUAGGAAAAAUGUGUCGCUAGCGAUGGCUAUUAUUUUGAAGAUUAAAUUUGUAACCAUUUUUUGUUAAUAAACGUUUGAAAUUGAAAAAAUAGUAUCGUUUCAUAGGCAUACACCUGGUAAAAACGCAGGUUUAUAAUCCUUUGAAUUUU